GUGCAAUACUGCACCUGGCGCACGCUUUGAGAGUUUGUUUUGUUUCUGAAUUGGAGCAAUUACGUGCGAAAUAUGCGGUUUGCUCAGAUAAUUGUGGGCCCCGCAGGCAGUGGCAAGUCCACGUACUGCAGCCUGAUGCAGCAAUAUGCCAUGGACUCCAAGCGAAACAUCCAAGUGGUGAAUCUCGAUCCGGCGGCGGAGCACUUUAGCUACACCCCGCUGACGGACAUUCGCGAGUUGAUCCACCUGGACGAUGCAAUGGAGGACGAGGAACUGCAUUACGGUCCGAACGGGGGCCUCAUCUUUUGCCUCGAGUUCUUGAUCGAGAAUCAGGACUGGCUGAAGGAUCAACUCUGCGGGGGCGAGAAUGAACUAAUGGUGGGCGAGCCGGACGAUGACUACAUCCUGUUCGACAUGCCCGGCCAGAUCGAGCUGUUCACCCACCUCAAAAUGGGCAAGCAGCUGGUGCAGCUGCUCGAGUCGUGGAACUUCCGCACCUGCGUGGUCUUCUGUCUGGACUCGCAGUUUAUGGUGGACGGGGCCAAGUUCAUUUCCGGCACCAUGGCCGCACUCAGUGUAAUGGCCAACAUGGAGCAGCCGCACGUCAAUGUGCUGACCAAAGUGGAUCUGCUGAGCAGCGAGGCGCGGAAGCAGCUUGAGAUGUACCUUGAGCCGGAUGCCCACAGCCUGAUGGGAGAGCUGACAGUGGGCACGGCCUUUGGCGAGAGGUACGGCAGGCUCACGGAGGCCAUUGGCGCUCUGAUCGAGGAUUUCAGUUUGGUGCGAUUUUUCCCUUUGGAUUCGCAGGACGAGGAGAGCGUGGGCGAUCUUUUACUGCAAAUAGACAAUAUUUUGCAAUACGGCGAGGAUGCAGACGUGAACGUGAAAGACUUUGAUGAGCCGGAGGAAGGCGAUCGGGAUAUAUAAGAUCCAAAAAUAUUACUUUUUAAGUGGUUUUUCAUAAUAUUGUGUGUGUUAUAAAAUAAAAUUAUAAUUAAUUAA